GGUGAGCGGCGCGGGUGCUAUCGACGUCUUGUGGGCCGGAUUGGCACCCAAGAAUAUGAUUCGGCCCACAUUCGUGCUCGCUCGAUCCACAGAAAACGCAGCGCUAGGUUUCUCCUCACACGCGCCCGAGCUCCCACUCCGCCGCCCGCCGCCCGCCGCCGACGCCGGUCUCCGUCGCCUCCCUCUACUCCGACCCGACCCGACUCUGCACCGGCUCUUCUUCCCUGCUUCUCGGGAGGAAAUACUGUGUGAGCCAAGAGCUCAAAGAUGAACAAGGGGAAGAUCUUUAAGUUAGCCAAGGGAUUCCGAGGAAGGGCUAAAAACUGCAUAAGAAUCGCCAGGGAGCGUGUAGAAAAAGCAUUGCAAUAUUCUUACAGGGAUCGGCGCAACAAGAAAAGGGACAUGCGGUCUCUCUGGAUCGAGCGCAUCAAUGCUGGUACACGACUCCAUGGGGUGAACUAUGGCAACUUCAUGCAUGGACUGAUGAAGGAGAAUGUCCAACUCAACAGGAAGGUACUUUCAGAGCUGUCGAUGCAUGAGCCAUACAGCUUCAAGGCUCUUGUUGAUGUAUCUCGCACUGCGUUCCCUGGGAACAGGCCGGCUGCCAAGAAGGAAGGACUAGCAAGUAUUCUAUGAACAAUUCAGUCCGCCGGUUGAAACCUACCAAAGCCUUGUGAUGAACUCAUGUGAUGGGGGUAUGUAUCACAUCAUGUUUUAGUCCAUAUUAUUCGGUCUGUUGGCCUGUUGAACACUUCUUUCUUUGGAUAAUGUGCUCUGUUUACCGUCAAUAAAUCCAGUAGAGCAGAAUGUUUUUAAACCAUGUAAAAGAAGAGAUCUGGUCUUUUUGGGCAGAAAGUUUUUCUUGCUUUUAUCUGAAGUCAUGUAGUCCUUGUGAAGAUAUGCUGGAUAGGCCACACCAUCUUGUUAUGGCCAUCCUUGAAUAGCUACUGCCUGUUGAUUUGUA